UAUAUAUAAACCCUUCAAUUCUGUUGAAUUCGUUCGUCUCAUUUUUGAAUCAUGGCUCCAAGUAAUACUAUCUCCAUGGCUCAACUCUGUUGUUGCAUUCUCAAACCCAUUCCUGGAGGGUUUUCAUGGCGAAAACUUCCUGGAUGGUUGAAAUGGUUGGCCUUGUGCCGCUGCAUAAUCUGCCACAUCAUUUUCUGUUGUGACAACAAAAGCGGUACCAAUCUUCACUACCACCUCGUCCUCAACAUCACCAUCAGAAACCCCAAUAGAAGGGUCGGCAUUGACUACCGUAGCAUGACAGUGUCUGCUAGCUACAGAAAGAAGAAGUUUGGCCUCGUCAAUUUGAUGGAUUCAGUACCAUUUUACCAAGGCCACAAGAACACAACUUUUUUGCAUCAUCUGGUGCUUCAAGGGCAGCAGCAGUUGGUGAAAUUCGGGAAGCGUGACAUCUCCCAGUUUGACAAGGAGACUGCUGCUGGUGUGUAUAGUAUUACUGUGCAGCUUACUUUUCGGGUCAAGAUCAGGUAUGGAAAGUUUAAGGCCAACUUUUUUAAACCAGAAACCUACGAUGACCAGCAGAUCAACUGCGAGCUGAAACUUCCUAUAAGUAUUACUAAUGAGACAUCUGGGGGUGGUUUCAAGGCUACAAAGUGCGGCGAUGUUGGUAUAUUUUCUUAAGGCUGAUGCUACCACAGAAUCAAUAUAUGAAUAAGUUAUAGAUUUUCUCAAACAACUUGUAUUACUACAAUUAUUGCAGAAUAAGCUCCAUUACUGAAUGACCUGAAUUCUGAAGAAGUAUACCAAACAGAGAAUCUGUCUUCUCUGUUUCGGCACUACUAGUAAAAUACUAAAAUGGGCAAUAGCCACCCCAUUUUGGACACCCUUAAUUCUCAUGAAACACUGUCAUUUGCAAUAACCAUAUUCAGUUAUCGCUUGUUUCAUAACUUAAUUUAUAAAGCGGCAGUGGCUUUGGA